AUGAUCGUGCUGAUCGGGUGCGGCAGCGUGUGCGCCACGCUUGCGGGGGCGCACUCGGGCAUCUGGCAGGUGGCCAUCGUCUGGGGCAUCGGGGUGUGCCUCGCCAUCUACUCCACCGCGGAGGCGAGCGGCGCGCACCUCAACCCGGCCAUCACCCUGGCCUUCACCCUGGUGCGGCCCCAGGACCACGGCAUGACAUGGAAGAAAGCGGGGCUCUACGUCGCGGCACAGUUUGCGGGCGCCAUCGCCUGCGCGGUCGUCAAUCUCGUGGUCUUCUGGGGCACCUUCAAGGCCUUCGAGAGGAAGCACAACAUCGUGCGGGGAGAGAAGAUGUCGAUCUUGACCGCGUCUGCCUUCGGCGAGUACUUCCCCAACCCCGGCCUCAACUCGGAGUACGGAGGCGCCUCGUACGACCAGGACGACGUGACCCCGCUGCACGCGAUGAUGGUCGAGGCGUGGGGCACCUUCAUCCUGGCCUUCGUGAUCUUCGGCGUCACGAACGACAAGAACAAUGGGUCGUGGCAGCCGCCGGUGCUCAUCGGAAGCACGGUGUCCAUACCUGGUAGGGCUUCUGGCUGCGCACAGACAGACCCCCCCCCCCCCCGAGGCAGCCCCAUCUGGCCCCCCCCCCCCGCCGAUAGUAGUCCCAGCUGGCCUCAGCAGGCCUUCCGCGCGGCCUGGCGCGGAGCCCCGGGGCGCGGGGCGCCCUGGGCCGGCUGCCGAGACCGCCCCGUGCCUCUCGGGGGGCCCGUGGAGGCCAGCCGGGGCUGCUCGGGGGGGGGCCUGCCUCGGGGCUGCUCGGCGCGCACCUCGGGCGGCCGCCCCGUGCGCAGCCCGCAGCCUCGCCGGGCCGUACUGCUCUUCCUCUACGCGCCGAUCACCCAGGCCGGGUGGAACCCGGCCAGGGACUUCGGGCCCCGCCUCGUGGCGGCCUGCGCGGGCUGGGGCAGCGUCGCGAUCCCCGGCCCGGAGGGCGGCUUCUGGGUCUACAUCGUGGGGCCCUGCAUCGGGGCGCCCCUCGGCGCGGCCCUCGCCGAGAAGGUGCUGUGGCGUGACGUGCAGAAGGCCAAGGCAGACGGCGCGUCGGAGGCGGACACCGUCGAGGUGGACAAGCCCUGA